GCACCUCCGAUAUACCCGUACUAAUCAGGGUCAUCGUCCUGAAUCGCAUGCAGUGAAAAUAUUUCAAAAGUUUAAAUAGACCAAUCGAAUUUCGCUAUUCACGCUUGCGUAAAACAGUCGCAACGCAGCACAAAAGAUAAUUAACGCAGACUCAAACCCUGUGCUCAAACUAAAUCCAUUAGCUUUAGCUUGUCUUUUGUUUAUGUAAUUGGCCUGGCGACAGGGUAAACGAUAUUUUUAACAAAAAUUAGAAAAAAAGAUUACUUGACUAUCGAUGAAACUUUAUACUGAUGUAAAGAUGAAUAAAUUGGGUAUCUAGCUUGAACUAAGGAGCUUUACUCUUGAAUCAUGCACAGAUAAUGAUUUUAGUUACUUUUCAAUAUUGUAUGUAUGUUAGACGUAAAAUUCUAGUGGCAUUUAGAGUUUUACUAUUUAAUUAAUUCAUAAUUAUCAAUUUUAACUAAUAUAAAAGAAUUUUAAAUAUAAUAAAAUGGAUCAAUCACCAGAUACCACACCUCAAAAAACUUCUCCAUUUAUUAUAAAAUUAAGUUGUGCAUCUUCCAGCAAAGAGCCAGAUGCAUCAUCUAGUGAACCAGCAAUAGAUUCUGCAACUUCACUUGCAACAAAACCUAUAGCCGUUAAAAUGAAGCCAGUAGCCCUUACGUUAUGUCGCCUGUCCAAAGAUGGCAUCCUCACUAAAUCUCCUGAACCUCUUAAAAUAUCUCCGGCUCUUUCUCUUAAACUCGGUGCUGCAUUAAGGGAGAGAAUACCAUUGAAAAGUCUUCCUAGUCAGAAAGAAACUGUUGAUACCAAAUUGGAUAACUUAAAUGAAGCAGGUGUUCAAAGGCAAUCUCUUACCUCACAUUCGUCUAAGCUGUCUGAUAAUAGGCUGGACUUUGUGCAAGGUGGAGAUAAGUCUCAAGUGUGGCAGCUGACUCAACCACCGCUAACCAUGCAACCGUCCAAUCUACAUACUGAUGACUUGUUGGACGCUAAGUAUGGUGGAGGUGGAUUGGAAACAACAGUAGUACAGGGCUCUUCUACAACUCUUUCUCCAGUUGCUAGUGGCAAUGUAACGAGUGCAAAAUGUACAAAGAAACAGAUUUCAGAAAUAGAAACUGAAAUAGAGCCAGCAAGGAAAAAAAUAAAAUUAUGUGAUACUGCUGAAGUUGUAUCAGAAACCCAGCCUCUAUCACCAAUGGAUAUUACAAUUGCAGAUAUAAAUACAAAAAAAUCUAAAAUAAUUGAAUUCAGAAAUCCUCCCAGUGAGCAAAUCUGUAUAGAAUCUUCUAUAUGUAUGUUAGAUAAGGAAAAAAGUGCAUCUAUAGUCGCUCAGCCGCAGAUUUGUCCUUCUACAUCACUUCCUUCUUCAGUAGAGAAAACAAAUUUAUCUGUCAAAUCAGAACAAACUAAAAUAAUUCUUGAUAAAAAACCUUUUGCAGUAACAACUGAUCAUCAUUUAGUAAUUGCCUGUUCUUCUGAUACUUCUAAUUUAGGUAGCAAAGAUGAGUCUGUUGAAAAUUUCAAAACCAGUUCUCCAUUAAAAUCAAGAGAUUCUGAUGCUAACCAGCAAUUGUUAAAUCCUCAAACUUUUACUCCUAAAGUAAUUAAAAUUGAUGAAUCAGAUGAUAAAUCAAAAUUGAAAAAGCCAGUAUCUUUGCUUGAUGUAGACCAAGAAAAUAAAGUUGAAGCUUUGGAAUCGAGGGUAAAUCUCGAGUCAAUAAAAUCUUUUUCUCCAACAUUAACUAAUUUUGCUUUGAAUAGUGAACCUAUCACUAACCUAAGAGAUGAGGAAAUUAAGGUUAAUGACACCUUUAUUAGCCAAAUGAAGGCAUGUGAAAUAGAUCAGAAUUUAAAACCCAACCUUAAAAGUACUUGUACAUUUGAUCAAUCAUCUCAAAAGAAUGCAUCUUUCAGUUCAAAUGACUUAAAAGCUAUUUCUCUUGACUCUAAUCACGAUGAUUUAGUUAAAAAUAACUCUUCAAAAAUAGAGGAUAAGAAUAUGUCUAUUGAUACAAAGGAUCAAGAUAAAAAGAGUGGUUCUUCUUGCAAAGAAGUUAAAGUUUGCCCUUUUAAACUUAAUUUUGAAGGUAAACUUAAUGUAGAAAUAAAUAAAUCGAAAAAAGUCAAAUUCAAAAAUGAGGCAGUAAAAAAGGAUUUUGUACCGCUACAUCUUUCUAAAGAUGAUUUUAAUAGUGAGGCAAGGAAUGAAACUGAUCAAAAUUCUAAAGAAUCUCUAGUUUAUUAUGAUGAUGAGUCACUUAAGUCUAACAAUAAUUGUGAAAUGGAUAGUCAGUCUAAAGUGCUACUAGAAAAAUCCUCGAAAAGCAAUUCACAAUCUGAAUCUGUUGUAAAUAACAAUUUUGAAAUCAAGGACAAGAAACUGGAUUCUAAAGAACAGAAAUUAGAGGGUCAGGAUGAAGAUUAUUCUGGUGAUGAAGGUAAUGAGCUGCUGGGAAUUUCCUCUGAUGAAUCAAAUCAAAUGGAAUCUCAAAAUGGUUAUAAAGAACCAGAAAUAGAAUUUGACAUUUUGGAUGAGUUUGAAAGUAAUGAUAAUGAUCCAGAUCAAGAGGCAAGAAGUUCUGAUAGUGAAUCAGAAAUAUCUGCCAAUGAAAUUGAUGCAAUGUUAGAAGCUGGUCUAGGUGACUAUGGAAAGCCAAGUCCAGAAAAUCAGCAUGAAGUGAAAGAGAAAUUAAUUUUAAAAGUUAGAGGAAAAGAUCACUUUGAAGUUUUACCUGAAGGAUGGAUUGAGGUUACUCAUAACAGUGGAAUACCUAUCUAUCUUCAUAAGCAAACUAGAGUAUGCUGUGUCUCAAAACCUUAUUUUCUGGGACCUGGCAGCACAAGGAAACAUGAAAUACCAAUUUCUGCCAUACCUUGCCUUCAAUACCAAAAAGAAUUAGAGAAAGAAAAAUUGGAAGCUGAAGGCAAAUUAAAGGGUAUUGAAGAGAAUUUAGAAAAUAAAGAUAGUUCAACUAAUAACACUGACUGCAAAAAAUCUACUGAAGCUAAUGGAAUGGAUCGAACUGACAAGACUGAGAACCAUGCAACACAAAAUGGAUGUGCAGACACUAACAUGGUUGAUACUUCUGCAAUUAAAUCUGGUGGAAUGAUGAAAAAUGUAUCAAACGUUGCUAAAGGUUCUAAUUUAAUUUUCCCAUCUGCUAAAUUAGAAAGUGUGAAGGAAGUAAAGGUUUCUGGCUCUCUUGAUUAUUUAGCUGUGCGAGAGUAUUGUCAGAAACGUUUUGAAUUCCAAACUAUUACUGUGAAACGAUUUAAAACCUGGUUUGGAAGACGAAAACACCAGAAACAAAUUAAGAGAAAACAACGCCCAUUUUUGCCAGAUAAUACACAGCUAAUUACUUGUCCUUUACCUGCAAAUACAGACAAAUCUACAACUAUUGGUAGUACUUCAAAGAGAGAAUUCAUUAUGAAUCCAACCGGAAAGUCACCAGUUUGCAUUCUUCAUGAAUAUGUUCAACAUACUCUGAGAGUUCAGCCUAAAUACAUUUUCAAAGAACUAGAGAGUGCUAGUACUCCAUAUGGUGCAGUUGUAAUUAUAAAUGAAAUGGAAUAUGGAACUGGAUAUGGCAGCAGUAAAAAAGUUGCUAAGUCUGAAGCUGCAAGAUCUGCACUUGAAGUUCUCAUUCCUAAAAUAAAAAAAUUUGAUCCCGAGAAACGGAGUGGUGAUGAAGAUGAUUUUCAAGAUGUUGAAUUUUUUGAUCAAGUUAGAGUAGAAGAUCCUAGAAUAAGUGAUCUUUCAGUAAAAGCUGGUCAACCUUUUCCAUAUCAAAUACUAUUAGAGUGUUUAAAAAGAAAUUAUGGAAUGGGUGACACUGAAAUCAGUAUAAGGAUGAAAAAUCUUAAACACCAGAAAAAUGAAUUCAUAAUGAAAGUUGGGAAACAUAAAGCAACGGUUGUGUGUAAAAAUAAAAGGGAUGGCAAACAUCGUGCUUCCCAAGCAAUUUUACAGCAACUACAUCCUCAUAUAAUUUCUUGGGGCUCAUUAUUAAGAAUGUAUGGAAAAGGCUCUUGUAAAACGUUGAAAGAGAAAAAGGAAGAAGAACAAAGAAUAACAGAAUUACAAAGCAAAGCCUGUGUUAAUAAACCUAAUGUAUCAAUAUUGAAUAAGCUUAAAGAGGAAAUGAUGAAAUACAGGGAGAAAAUGAAAUCCAAAAAACCCAUUGGAAAGCUGAUUCCAGAGAGGAUGCAGUUGUUUUCUAUAUCUGAUUCAAACCUUAAGAGUAUUGAACUUUGAUGUUACAUUGGUGUCUAUGUUAAUUUAUUAAAUCAUUAUCAUUCCAAUUUAUUUGUUAAUGAGUUUAAUUGACAUAAGAAAGAAAGGAUAAAAUCAGUUGUGAUGCCUAAAGUCAAAGACCUACAAAUUGUUUUGCAUGCUACGUACAAAAUGUUCUAUCAUCAAUAAAAUUUGACGUUGA